UGGCAUUCCAUGCAUGUUGAUAAAAGUACUAUUGAAUGAAUACUGCUCUGUUUUCGACACUGCAAUUCAAUUAAAUCAAUACUACUCUGUUUUCGAUCGUGACCACAUGGAGAUGUCAAUGUUACCUUUUGGAGCUUCGUCCCCGACGGUAUGCAGUCUGUUGAGGUAUGCUGCCGGUGCCGGAGGAGAGACUCCUCCUCCGACAAAUCAGCAAGUCAUUGAAGUGGACUGUUCCGGCUCCGAUCGUGGCGGCUCUCUCCCUUUCGUACUCUCCUUCAAUAAUCUCACAUACAGCGUACGAAUCCGGAGCAGAGCGAUUCUCCCGCCGUUUCUCCGCCGCCGGGACAAACUCCGCGGCUCCGCGGAGAAAAAGGUGAUCCUCAGAGAUGUCUCCGGGCAGGCGCGUGAGGGGGAGAUCCUCGCCGUCAUUGGCGCGUCGGGAUCUGGAAAGUCGACUCUCAUCGAUGCCUUGGCGUGUAAGAUUUCGAAGGAGAGCUUGAAAGGAACGGUCACGCUCAACGGCGAGCCGUUGGGAUUCCGGCAGUUGAAGGUCAUAUCGGCUUAUGUUAUGCAGGAUGACCUCCUCUAUCCGAUGCUCACGGUGGAGGAGACGCUCAUGUUCGCGGCGGAGCUCCGCCUCCCGCGGACUCUCUCGAAUUCGAAGAAGAAACAGAGAGUCCAGGCGUUGAUCGAUCAAUUAGGGCUUCGGAACGCCGCGGCGACGGUCAUCGGCGACGAAGGACACCGGGGAGUGUCAGGAGGAGAGAGGCGGCGCGUGUCGAUCGGGAUCGACAUCAUACACGACCCGAUCGUCCUCUUCCUCGACGAGCCGACCUCCGGCCUCGAUUCAUCCAGCGCUUUCAACGUGGUGAAGGUUUUACAGAGAAUUGCUCAGACCGGAAGCAUCGUCAUCAUGUCGGUUCACCAGCCGAGUUGCCGGAUAAUGGGUUUACUCGACCGGCUUCUCUUCCUCUCCGGUGGAGAAACAGUUUACAACGGAUCUCCCGCAAACCUGACCCGAUUCUUCUCCGAUUUCGGGCAUCCCAUUCCAGAAAGCGAGAACCGGGCGGAGUUCGCUCUGGACCUCAUCCGCGAACUCGAAGGCUCAACCAACGGGACCAAAGGUCUGGUCCAAUUCAACCGGAGUUGGACCGGAAACCGAAACAACGAACCGGAAACGUCUAAUAUUUUACCUCUUAAAUUCGCCAUCGCAGCCAGCAUUUCCAGAGGGAAGUUAGUGUCUGGCGCGACCGCCAACGACGGCAGCCCGGUGGAAACGGUGCGAACACAUGCCAACCCGAUCUGGACCGAAAUAUUCGUGCUAUCAAAACGGUCGUUCCGAAAUAUGGGCCGCAUGCCCGAGAUUCUCGGCACCAGACUCGGAACAGUCACAAUAACCGGAUUCAUCCUGGCCACCAUGUUCUGGCGGUUGGAUGAUUCCCCGAGAGGAGUGCAAGAACGGUUAGGAUUUUUCGCCUUCGCCAUGUCAUUAACGUUCUACACUUGUGCUGAUACAAUACCGGUCUUCAUCCAGGAAAGAUACAUAUUCCUGAGAGAAACCGCCCACAACUCGUACAGAAGAUCCUCGUAUUGCCUCUCCCAUGCUCUGGUUUCCUUGCCCAGUCUCCUCUUCUUCUCCUUUGUCUUUGCCGCCUCCACUUUCUGGGCGGUGGGGCUGAGCGGCGGAGCGACUGGAUUCUGCUUCUACUAUGCCAUCAUCUUGGCUUCAUUCUGGGCCGGAAACUCAUUUGUCACCUUCGUCAGCAGCGUGGUACCACAUGUUAUGCUCGGGUACAUCGUGGUGGUCGCGGUGUUGGCGUACUUCCUCUUGUUCAGCGGGUUCUUCAUGAACCACGACAGAAUCCCGAGGUACUGGAUUUGGUUCCACUACAUCUCUCUGGUCAAGUACCCAUACGAAGGAGUCCUCCAGAACGAAUUUGAAAAUCCUGAGAAAUGCUUCGUACGGGGGAUGCAGAUGUUUGACAGCACCCCUCUUGGGUCGUUGUCGGAAUCGGUUAAGGAGAGGCUCUUGGAGAGGAUAGGUGAUGUGUUGAAGACGAAUAUCACUGGGUCGAGUUGCGUGACCACGGGGGCCAACAUUCUGGCUCAGCAAGGGGUCACCGGGCUCGGGAAAUGGGGCUGCUUGUGGGUGACCAUUGCAUGGGGGUUUUUGUUUAGGAUUUUGUUUUACCUAUCUUUGAUUACGGGAAGCAGGAACAAGAGGAGGUAAUUAACUCCUAGUUACUCAAUCAAUUGAAAGGGAAAUCCUUGAGGCUUGGAUGGUAUGGAGUAUAUAAAUUGGCAUUGCAGAUGUGGUUCCACUUACUACGAGUGCCGUAAUAGGGCCAGAAAAAUUCAUCCAAUUAGUUUAUGAUGUGUUACCUCAUUGAAUGUAUUGUAUGUACUAUAUAUGUAGACAUUGUAGCUUAAAUGGUUAUUAAAAAAUAGGAUGAGCCCUAUUUUAUUGGAUGAGACAUUGUAACUUAAAUGGUUAUUAAAAAAUAGGAUGAGUCCUA